AAGGCUUUUGCAGUGGGGCAGCAGAGGGUCUGGGUCUGCUGCUCCUCGAGUUUCCAGUCCCAUCAUAGCCCAUGAGGAUUGCAAAUCCCUCAUCCUCACCCCUCUCUCCUCUGUCAGCCACUCCCCUCUCCCCCUACCCUGCUCUCUUUCUAUUUUUGCCUCUGAUUUUUUUUCCUUUUAUGUCUUUGUUCCUCUGUGUGUGCGUAUUUCCCUGUGCCUCUCUGAUCUCUUUGUACUUCCAUCUUGAUCUCUGUGAGGCUCUGAUGCCUCUCUCCUCUCCCUCUUCCUGUGUUCCUCUCCCCCUUCCUGUCUCUGUUUAUCUCUCAGUCUCUGUGUGUGAGUCUUUUUUCCUCUCUCUCAGUCAGACUCUCUCUCUACCCCUCCCUCUCUCCCUCUCUGUCUGGGCCUCUCUCUGUUCCUCCUCCCUCCUCCCUCCCCCUUCUGCAUUAUCAGACCUGCUCCAACCUCCUCCCAGAGCCAGCCGAGCAGCAGAGGCAGUGGCAGCGGGAGAGGUGGGAGCAGCAGGGCAGCAGAGCUGGAUUGGGGUGUUGAGUCCAGGCUGAGUGGGGGGCAUCCCACUGCUCUUGGUCCCUGUGCCUGCUGGGGGUGCCCUGCCCGAAACUCCAGGCAGCGGGGACAGGGCGCGGUGCCACCUUAGUCUGGCUGGGGAGACGGACGAUGAGGAGUGAUGGGGCAGGCAUGCGGCCACUCCAUCCUCUGCAGGAGCCAGCAGUACCCGGCAGCGAGACCGGCUGAGCCGCGGGGCCAGCAGGUCUUCCUCAAGCCGGACGAGCCGCCGCCGCCGCAGCCGCAGCCGCAGCCAUGCGCCGACAGCCUGCAGCCAGCCUGGACCCCCUUGCAAAGGAGCCAGGACCCCCAGGGAGUAGAGACGACCGACUGGAGGAUGCUUUGCUGAGUCUAGGCUCUGUCAUCGACAUUUCGGGUCUGCAACGCGCUGUCAAGGAGGCCCUCUCAGCUGUGCUCCCCCGAGUGGAAACUGUCUACACCUACCUGCUGGAUGGGGAGUCCCGGCUGGUGUGUGAGGACCCCCCACAUGAGCUGCCCCAGGAGGGGAAAGUCCGAGAGGCUGUCAUCUCCCGGAAGCGGCUGGGCUGCAAUGGGCUGGGCCUUUCGGACCUGCCAGGGAAGGCUUUGGCCAGGCUGGUGGCUCCGCUGGCUCCUGAUACCCAAGUGCUGGUCAUACCGCUAGUGGACAAGGAGGCCGGGGCUGUGGCAGCUGUCAUCUUGGUGCACUGUGGCCAGCUGAGUGACAAUGAGGAGUGGAGCCUGCAGGCAGUGGAGAGGCAUACCCUGGUGGCCCUGCGGAGGGUGCAGGCUCUGCAGCAGCGCGGGCCCAGCGAGGCUCCCCGAGCCGUCCAGAACCCCCCGGAGGGCGCGGCGGAAGACCAGAAGGACGGGGCAGCCUACACCGACCGCGACCGCAAGAUCCUGCAACUGUGCGGGGAACUCUACGACCUGGAUGCCUCUUCCCUGCAGCUCAAAGUGCUCCAAUACCUGCAGCAGGAGACCCGGGCCUCCCGCUGCUGCCUCCUGCUGGUGUCGGAGGACAAUCUCCAGCUGUCUUGCAAGGUCAUCGGAGACAAAGUGCUGGGGGAAGAGGUCAGCUUUCCCUUGACAGGACGCCUGAGCCAAGUGGUGGAAGACAAGAAGUCCAUCCAGCUGAAGGACCUCACCUCUGAGGAUGUGCAACAGCUGCAGAGCAUGUUGGGUUGUGAACUGCAGGCCGUGCUCUGUGUCCCUGUCAUCAGCCGGGCCACUGACCAGGUGGUGGCCUUGGCCUGCGCCUUCAACAAGCUAGAAGGAGACUUGUUCACUGACCAUGAUGAGCACGUGAUCCAGCACUGCUUCCACUACACCAGCACAGUGCUCACCAGCACCCUGGCCUUCCAGAAGGAGCAGAAGCUCAAGUGUGAAUGCCAGGCUCUUCUCCAAGUGGCAAAGAACCUCUUCACCCACCUGGAUGAUGUCUCUGUCCUGCUCCAGGAGAUCAUCACAGAGGCCAGAAACCUCAGCAAUGCGGAGAUCUGCUCUGUGUUCCUGCUGGAUCAGAAUGAGCUGGUGGCCAAGGUGUUCGACGGAGGCGUGGUGGAUGAUGAGAGCUACGAGAUCCGCAUCCCCGCCGACCAGGGCAUCGCGGGACAUGUGGCGACCACGGGCCAGAUCCUGAACAUCCCGGACGCAUAUGCCCACCCGCUUUUCUACCGCGGCGUGGACGAUAGCACCGGCUUCCGCACGCGCAACAUCCUCUGCUUCCCCAUCAAGAACGAGAACCAGGAGGUCAUAGGUGUGGCCGAGCUGGUGAACAAGAUCAAUGGGCCGUGGUUCAGCAAGUUUGAUGAGGACCUGGCGACGGCCUUCUCCAUCUACUGCGGCAUCAGCAUCGCCCAUUCUCUCCUAUACAAAAAAGUGAAUGAGGCUCAGUAUCGCAGCCACCUGGCCAACGAGAUGAUGAUGUAUCACAUGAAGGUCUCUGAUGAUGAGUACACCAAACUUCUCCAUGAUGGGAUCCAGCCUGUGGCUGCCAUUGACACCAACUUUGCCAGUUUCACCUAUACCCCUCGUUCUCUGCCGGAGGAUGACACAUCUAUGGCCAUCCUGAGCAUGCUGCAGGACAUGAAUUUCAUCAACAACUACAAAAUUGACUGCCCAACCCUGGCCCGGUUCUGUCUGAUGGUGAAGAAGGGCUACCGGGAUCCCCCCUACCACAACUGGAUGCACGCCUUUUCUGUCUCCCACUUCUGCUACCUGCUCUACAAGAACCUGGAGCUCACCAACUACCUCGAGGACAUCGAGAUCUUUGCCUUGUUUAUUUCCUGCAUGUGUCACGACCUGGACCACAGGGGCACAAACAACUCUUUCCAGGUGGCCUCGAAAUCUGUGCUGGCUGCGCUCUACAGCUCUGAGGGCUCCGUCAUGGAGAGGCACCACUUUGCUCAGGCCAUCGCCAUCCUCAACACCCAUGGCUGCAACAUCUUUGAUCAUUUCUCCCGGAAGGACUAUCAGCGAAUGCUGGACUUGAUGCGGGACAUCAUCUUGGCCACGGACUUAGCCCACCAUCUCCGCAUCUUUAAGGACCUCCAGAAGAUGGCUGAGGUGGGCUAUGACCGAAACAACAAGCAGCACCACAGACUCCUCCUCUGCCUCCUCAUGACCUCCUGUGACCUCUCUGACCAGACCAAGGGCUGGAAGACCACGAGAAAGAUCGCGGAGCUGAUCUACAAAGAAUUCUUCUCCCAGGGAGACCUGGAGAAGGCCAUGGGCAACAGGCCGAUGGAGAUGAUGGACCGGGAGAAGGCCUAUAUCCCCGAGUUGCAAAUCAGCUUCAUGGAACACAUUGCAAUGCCCAUCUACAAGCUUUUGCAGGACCUGUUCCCCAAAGCAGCAGAGCUGUAUGAGCGUGUGGCCUCCAACCGUGAGCACUGGACCAAGGUGUCCCACAAGUUCACCAUCCGCGGCCUCCCAAGCAACAACUCGCUGGACUUCCUGGAUGAGGAGUACGAGGUGCCUGAUCUGCAUGGCACUAGGGGCCCCAUCAAUGGCUGCUGCAGCCUUGAUGCUGAGUGAUCCCCUCCAGGGACCCUUCCCGGCCCAGGCCACCUCCCACAGCCCUCCACUGGCCUGGCCAGAUGCACUGGGAACAGAGCCACAGGUCCUGGGUCCUAGACCAGGACUUCCUGUGUGACCCUGGACAAGUACCACCUUCCUGGGCCUCAGCUUUCUCGUCUGUAUAAUGGAAGCAAGACUUCCAGCCUCACGGAGACUUUGUAAUUUGUCCUCUGAGAGCACAGGGGUGACCAAUGAGCAGUGGGCCCUGCUCUGCACCUCUGAUCACACCUUGGCGAGUUUUUCCCAAGCCAUUCUUUGUCUGAGCAGCUUGAUGGUUUCUCCUUGCCCCAUUCCUGUCCCACCAGAUCUUUGCUCCUUUCCCUUAGGGGAUUCCCACCCCUUAGGGUCUUCAGGAUCCUCAUGGAAGGGGAAGGUGAGACAUCUGAGUGAGCAGAGUGUGGCGUCUUAGAAACAGUCCUUAGUUCUAUGGGAGGACUAGAAACAGCCUCGGCGAAAGCGCCCUGAGGACCACCACUAUACUGACGGUGGGAUUGGGACCUGGGGGAUACAGGGGCCCCAAGAGGAAGCUGCCAGAGGAGCAGCUCAAUGCUCUGUGGAGAGGGGGCUCGGGAAGAAGGCAGGAUGGGGCUGAUGGGCAGGAAGGAUCCCCGUACUGGGAAACAGGCCCAGGUAUGAGCCAGCCUUGCCUCCUCCGGCCUGUGUGACACUGGGCAAGUCUCUUCCCCUGUCUGGGCCAAACAGGAGGGUAAGAUAAUCCAUGCUCUAAGAUCCAUUUGAGAUCAAUGUCUAAAAUAGCUCUGUAGCUCUGCGGAGUCCCAGCAGAGGCUGUGGAAUGUUUCUGCCACCCUAGGGCACAGAGAGCCCAAGCCUGCAUCCCUCAGAGCCCCCUGUAUCCCUCAGAGCCCCCUGUGUCCCUCAGAGGCGCCCCCCUUGGCCUGAGCCCCUUCCCCAUUCCUGCAGCCAGUGAGAGACCUGGCCUCAGCCCUGGCAGGGCUCUCUUUUCAAGGCCAUAUCCACCUGUGCCCUGGGGCUUGGGAGACCCCAUAGGGUCGGGACUCUUGGGUCAGCCCGGCCACUGGCUUCUCUCUUUUUCUCUGUUUCGUUCUGUGUGCGUUGUGGGGUGGGGGAGGGGGGCCACCUGCCUUACCUUUCUGAGUUGCCUUUAGAGAGAUGCGUUUUUCUAGGACUCUGUGCAACUGUCGUAUAUGGUCCCGUGGGCUGACCGCUUUGUACAUGAGAAUAAAUCUAUUUCUUUCUACCAGU